AGGAGCCGGGCUGUGACCCCCCUGGGCUUUGCUUCCCCCCCUGCCCCAGCCCCCGGGGCACCGCCGGGCAGGGGGGGGGGGCAGGAUGGCACCCGGGGAGCUGCCUCCCCCCCCCGGGAGGCUCUGCCUCCCUUCCCGAGGCCUCAGCAGCCUUUCAGCUCUGUCGAUCAGUUCCUGACCCCCCCCUCUUUCUGAGGUUCCCUCUUGGGUGGGGGCUGCCCUGGGUCUUGUCUCCACCGAUGCUGGUUUGGAUUUCAAGUGUGUGUGUGUGUUGGGGGGGGGUGGAAUCCUUGAUGGGCUGGAGUGGCUUUUAGCAGGUCCUUGAAGCCCCCUGGGGGGGGUGGGUGGCACAUCAGAGACCCGAGUGGUCCUUGAGGACCUGCACUCCCAUCAUGGGAUGGUUUGGGUUGGGAGGGACCUUCAAGAUCACCCAUUUCCAACCCCCCUGCGUGGGCAGGGACACCUCCCACCAGCCCAGGCUGCUCCAAGUGGCCUGGGUGGAGCUGGAGGGCCCCCCCCCGGGGGCUCAAAUGCCUCUCCAGGAAGUCCUUAGUGGCUUCUCAUUUUCUUUCUUUCUUUUCUCAAGCCACAGGGAGAGGGGAAAUUAAAGCCACAAAACCCUAGAUCCAAACAACGUGAAGGAUCAGGCUGUGGAGGGGGGGAAAAGGGAAGAAAGGCAGGGCUUGGGGUGAGGCUUUGCAUGGGCAGCAGGGACCACUGAGCCCCCCCUGCUCCACCCUCAGGUGCUUUUCAAGACAAAUGAGACUCUUCUUAGUAGAGGAAUUUUUGCUGCUUUGACUCUUGAUUCUCUACAGAACUUCACAGAAGCAUCAGGAUGGUUGGACUGGGUGAUCUUAAGAGUCAUGGAAUGGUUUGGGUCGGAAGGGACCUUAAAGCUCAUCUAGAUCCAACCCCCUGCAUGGGCAGGGACACCUCCCACCAGCCCAGGCUGCUCCAAGCCCCAUCCAACCUGCCCUUCAACACUGCCAGGGAUGGGGCAGCCACAGCUUCCCUGGGCAACCUGGGCCAGGCUCUCACCCCCCUCACAGGGCAGAAUUCCUUCUCUGCAAUUCUCUUGCAGAUGUCCAAGCAGCUGGACAUGUUUAAGACCAACCUGGAAGAGUUUGCCAGCAAACACAAGCAAGAGAUCCGCAAAAACCCCGAGUUCCGGGUGCAGUUCCAGGACAUGUGUGCCACCAUUGGAGUGGAUCCUCUGGCAUCUGGGAAAGGAUUCUGGGCAGAGAUGCUGGGAGUUGGAGACUUUUACUACGAGCUGGGUGUGCAGAUCAUUGAGGUUUGCCUGGCUCUGAAACACAGGAAUGGAGGUCUGAUAACACUGGAAGAGCUUCACCAGCAGGUGCUGAAGGGAAGGGGGAAGUUUGCUCAGGAUGUCAGCCAGGAUGAUCUCCUUCGUGCCAUCAAGAAACUGAAGGUCUUGGGGAAUGGCUUUGGGAUUAUCCCUGUUGGUGGAACAUACCUGAUCCAGUCUGUCCCAGCUGAACUCAACAUGGAUCACACUGUGGUGCUGCAGCUGGCAGAGAAAAAGGGCUUUGUGACUGUCAGUGAGAUCAAGUCCAGCCUCAAGUGGGAGACAGAACGUGCAAAGCAAGUGCUGGAACACUUGCUGAAGGAAGGGAUGGCCUGGCUGGACACGCAGGCAGUGGGAGAAGCCCAGUACUGGCUGCCUGCUCUCUUCACAGAGCUCUACUCUCAGGAAAUCACUCCAGAGGAAGCCAAGGAGGCAAUUCCUUGACUGCUACACAUCCUGUGCCUGUACAGAACUCUUCUUGGGCUGUUAUUUGCAUAUCACCUGAAACACAGGGACAGCAGACUUGAAAUAAACGUUUUAUAGAAGUGUCUAGCUUGA